AUGCCUCCUAAAGCUGCAGAGAAGAAGCCAAGCACUGGCGGCAAGGCCCCCGCUGGUGGCAAAGCCCCUGCUGAGAAGAAGGAAGCUGGAAAGAAGACUGCCGCUGCAGCCUCUGAAAAGAAGAAGCGUGGCAAGACUAGGAAGGAGACAUAUUCCUCAUACAUCUACAAAGGUACCGUACCUGAAACCUGCUUGACUUCUGAAUCGCGUUUACUGACGCGUCGUAUUUUAGUCCUCAAGCAAGUCCACCCUGACACUGGUAUUUCCACUCGUGCCAUGUCCAUCCUUAACUCCUUCGUGAAUGAUAUCUUCGAACGCGUUGCGACUGAGGCUUCGAAGCUUGCGUCAUACAACAAGAAGUCCACCAUCUCAUCUCGAGAAAUCCAGACCUCUGUGCGACUUAUCCUUCCUGGUGAAUUGGCGAAACAUGCAGUUUCGGAAGGCACAAAGGCCGUGACCAAGUACUCUUCUUCCGCCAAAUAG